UUUCAAAUCAAAAUAAAUCUUGAAUGAUUUUGAUGCAAAAGAUGCAAACAAAGGCAUCGGGCCAAGCGGGCUCACUUAAAUUCACUCGUUUCAAAAUUCUCCACUCGGCGCAAGGCUUUCAUAAUCAUAGGCCUCUCCACUCGGCUAUAGCACUUUGUAUAUGGUGGGUAGACUUGAUUCCCCGCUAGCUCCACCGGCCCGAUAAAUAAAACUUCUUCCCGGCCCAUUAAGCACUCUACACGGCGCCGCUUUUCGGUCUUCGCUGCUUCUUCGGCAGCUCGAUCAACUGUCUCUCUGAUCGUUACUAAGUAGCUCCUUUGCUUCUCUUUCGCGGUUUCGCUUUGCUGGAUUGCUCUUUCCUCUCAGAUCCGAACAAAUCCACCGGCGGAAAGGCCCGGAGAGUAAUUCCCUUACAACCCUGCAGAUUGAUCCGGAAAAUGAGGCUUCUGCAGAUUGGGUUCUUGGUCGCUUUGGCGUCUGGACUCUCUGCCAUUCUCAUCUACAUCAACGGCGUCACCAAUUUCGAUGGGAUCCAGAGACUGUCCAGUGAAGAAGUUGGAGCGUUGCAAUCUCUGCAAGCAAGUUUCAAGAAGUGCGUGAAUGCUAAUGGAUUAGGUCUUCAGGCUUUCCCCGGGAACGAUUACUGCAUGGUCACCAUUAAUUUUCCGAGCAACACCGACUCUAAAUGGAAGGACCCUAAAACUGGAGAACCCGAAGGUUUGUCCUUUGAGUUCAAUCUAUGUGAAGCAGUGGCAAAUUGGGAGCAGGUUAGGAACAGUACUACCAUACUUACAAAGGAAUUCAUAGAUGCUCUGCCAAAUGGAUGGGAGGACUACGCAUGGCGUCGGAUCAAUAAAGGAAUUGAGCUCAACAGAUGUCAGAAUAAAACUUUAUGUAUGGAGAAGCUCAAAUUGGUGUUACCUGAAACACCACCUUACCUUCCCAAAGAGUUUGGCAGCUGUGCUGUUAUUGGUAAUUCAGGUGAUCUUUUGAAAACAAGGUUUGGGAAAGAUAUUGAUGGUUAUGAUGUUGUCAUCAGAGAAAAUGGUGCUCCAAUUCAGAACUAUACAGAAUAUGUGGGUAAGAAAAGUACCUUCCGCCUACUUAACCGGGGAUCUGCUAAGGCUCUUGAUAAAGUUGUGGAGUUAGAUGAGUCGAGGAAGGAGGUGUUGAUCAUCAAAACGACAAUACAUGACAUUAUGAACCAGAUGAUUCAGGAAGUUCCAAUAAGAAAUGCUGUCUACCUUAUGUUAGGUGCAUCUUUUGGGUCAGCAGCUAAAGGCACUGGACUGAAAGCCCUUGAAUUUGCUCUAUCUAUGUGUGAAUCGGUUGACAUGUAUGGUUUCACUGUAGAUCCGGGAUACAAAGAAUGGACUAGAUAUUUUUCGGAAUCUCGGAAGGGUCACACUCCUCUCCAUGGGAGGGCUUACUACCAGAUGAUGGAGUGUCUCGGUCUUAUCAAGAUUCACUCUCCCAUGCGAGCUGAUCCCAACCGUGUUGUGAAAUGGGUUCCAAGCCAGAGUACUAUUCUUGCUGCUAGAACUGUGUCAGAGAAACUAUUGAGGAGGGUUGGAGCAGGCUCGGAAGACCCACUGAGAGCAUGUGAAAUAAAGAAACAAGUUAGGAGGCCACCAACAGCUAUUUCUAGUCUGAGAAAAGCUGCUAUUGAUCAUCAGAAGUCAGUAAAAGGCACAACAUUGUACCCUCUGGAGCACAACCCUGGGCAUGGUAUGCUCUGUACAUUCCCUAUGGGCUGAAAUUCCAAAACGCAGAUGAAGCAUUUUUGCAAGGAACCAGCUAUUUGAUGUUGCCAAGUUAUUCUUUGAUUAAUAUACGAUGUUAUGAAUGUCAAGCGCAGAAGCAAAGUCAGUUGAUCUUACGGUUUUGUUAUUGCUGGAGAGACUGAAACAGGCAGAAGUAGGUAGGUGGAGAUAAAUCAUUAGAGUAGUAUCAACAUGUAAUUCUGAUAGAAGCUCGCACAACUAUGGUCUUUGUAUGUAGGAGGCGGCUAAAACCAUUUUUAUUCUGUAUUCAUCUUCUACUACUGAAACUGUACAAGUAACAGAGCUUUUUUCAUAACGUUUUAACUUUUCGUUGCUUAGCUACUAACCUUGCGUUGUUGGUAGGAUGAUCCAGGCCUCCUUUCAAGAAACAGAAAUCUAGUUUACCGCCCCAUCACUGGUCUCUAAGAACUGCGUGUAUCUUAUAGCUGGUGAGUUGACUUGUAGGGGUGUUGUGUUCAAAUUUUUAUCAUGUCAUUAGUAAUUAUCAAAGUAAUUCCAUUUAAAUUCUAUUAAUUAUGAAAUAAAAUAUCUUAAUCGAACAAAUUUGAGACCGAUUAUCAUAAGAAAAGACUAUAACAUACAAAGAAGGCUAUGAGGACUACAAUGUCCGCUACUUCCCCGUCGACGAGAAGGAGCAAAGGGAGGCAAGAAGCAUCGAAGGCAGUCGGUGACGAGAGCCGAGAGGAAGCAGGGGGAAGGUUUCAUCGGCCCUCUUUAACGACGAAGGUGGCCAUUCAAAAGGUCUUGACGGUGGUGGAUUUAGAAAUCCCCAAUCUAGGAACUCUAAUCUUUUCAUGGAGAAAUCCCUAAUCACCCAAUCAUAAUCGCUUUGUUUGUGUAUAUGGUUCGAGUUUUGAGUAACGGUCGCUGAAAAAUUGACCUCACCAUUUACGACCGCCGAGCCUGCCAUUAAUUUUCAUCUCACUCCACGACGACAUGGACAAUCUCCCGAACCUAUCACUUCACCAACUAUGCGUCGCUCGCGACGAGUUCUGCAGUGGCUUGGGCUCAACGACGAGGGACACCUAUUCAUGGUGCUAAGAAGGGUUCAUUACGACAGUGUUAGAUUUCCUAGAGCUAGAGGGCAGGGGAAGGUUUUUGUGAUGGUGGUGUCUGAUUCGGGUUCAUUUGUACACUUUUUACCCCCGAUUUGCUUAGUCGUUUGAAGCAUUUUUACUCCAGGAGGUUUGCUUUUACGUCGGGUUUUGAUUUGUUUUGGUUUUUUCAGACUUUGGCAGGUGGAACCAACCCCGGAGUCGAAAGUUGGACGAAAGGGAGAAAAAUCAAGACAAAGGGUGGAAGCAGCAGCAGAUCACGGUUUGGGCUAUGUGUUCACGGUCACUAAGACCAAAAACUGGAGGUGCUACUCGUGAACAGCCAAGCAUUAAGAGCACAAAUUGCUUUCACUAGACACAAGUCAGUUCACAGUCAUAAGACCGUGAACUCAGGCCAUUGCCCGUGAACUGGACUAAGUGAUGCAGCGCGUUUCGACUUGAGAUCACGCUCCGGGCUUUCAGUUCACGACCGUGAACUGGGACCGUGAUUUGAGCCCGGUCUGGGUAUAUAAAGGAGGUUGACCUAA